AUGAUGUUAAAACCAGCCCCACCGAAUCAGAAAAACUUGACGACAACGCCUUACCAAAAGAUCAAAAUAGAUACCAGCAUCAGACGCAUAUUGCCCUUGCCCGGCGGUGAACAGCGGAUGAUUACCUAUGCAUGGGACGGCUCAUUUCGAGUCUGGGACCUGGAGAGGAGUAUGCAUGUCGGGGAGGAAUGGAAAGAUAAAUAUGAAAGUGUGAAGGCCAUGGCAUUGUCGCCGGAUGGCAAGACGAUGGCAAGCGGGAGUUCGGAUGGCACAGUGAGAUUGUGGAACAUCAACACGGGCAAGGUCAUCAAAGAAUGGACGGGGUAUAUGGAGAAAGUGCGUUCUGUGUGCUGGAGUUCAGACGGAGGGCGAGUGGUGAGCGGAUCCUCUGAUGGAACAUUCAGAGUGCAGGAUGUUGAAAGCGGUACGACAAUGAUCGGACCAAUCAAGGCAGGGGAAUGGAUGAAUGCAGUUUGCUACUCACCCGAUGCCAUGAAGAUUGCUACCAGCGGGGACACGCUAAAAAUCUGGGACGCCGACACAGGUGAACUGUUCAAAACAUUUGAGGUUGCAUUUUCGUACUUGGAAUGGAACAGAAAAACGCUUGUUGCUGGGGGAUCUGGGAUCACGAAAUUCGACACAGCCACCUGGUCACAAACAACGGUUCUCGCUGAAGACUUGGGUAAUACCCAUACCAUUUCAUUAUCUUCCGAUGAGCGCAUCCUCGCAUCACACAACACCUAUACCAUCCAGCUAUGGAACCUCGAAACCAGUCUGCCCAUCGGAACCCUACUCCACCAUUGUGAAGAUUCGGUAACAUACGCGACCUUUUCUGCGGAUGGAAAAUUCCUCAUUACUGGCUGCGAUGACGACCACAUGUAUACAUGGGAUGUUUCCGCUAUUAUAAAAGAAGCUGGCCUUCUGUCAGAUAUUGUUGAUGCUACACCGCGACCAGUCUCAACGACGAAAGGUGCUCGUCGAAUACCCCAAGGGUUUUUUGACAAUGCAAGAGAUGGUGAUUUGUCGAGCUCGCGUACUCAACCAUAUGGGCGACAUGACCGUCCCACCCCAGCACCACGUCAACGCAUCGGCAGUCGCUUAUCCUCCUUCUGGCACCGCUUCAAGCCACAUAGGGCAAAUGAGCCCAGCAACCAAUCCCGAUCCCACCCUCUCAGCUGGACUCGAGUAUCUGGUAUACUGCGCAGACGACAUGGAUCGGAUAUCCAAUUACAAGAACCACCAAUAGUUGAGGUCCCGUAUACAGCGGGCAAGCCUAGGAACUAUCACGCAAGAAAGAAGAAGCCAGCUGCCAGCUCGUCUCGACCUCCCAAGACUCACAUCACGCAGCAACCUAGUGCAGUAACGCAAGACGGACUAUCAUCACAACUACCACCUCCCACUGUCGCCACUACCUCGACACUUUCCGCCGUCGCUGAUACUUCCGGGGCAACAGGAACGGGAACAAUGUCGCAUCCUCGUAUCACUUCGCCGUUGGGCUUGCCCACUGGGUUCCCCGAUAUCCUCUUACCUUACGGCCGCACCGCGCCCCACAGCUUCUAUUCGCUGCAGGGUUACUCCAUCCUGCCCCAUAUUGGCCACGUCCUGCCCUAUAGCGACUACACGCUUCCCCCUAGUUUCGGAUUGUCAUCUUCCAUGACUUCCAUUAAACCACAGGGUAGUCUUUUACCGAGUAUGCCGGGUUGCAACAUUCGCGCGUCUGUGCCAAGCGCCCAGGCCAGACCUUAUCCAUCUCGUAUGCCCUCAUCCCCGACCACAUCAUUCAUCGGGCGUUUGUGCACACCUAUCGAGGAAGAAGAAGAAGAAGAAGAAUUGACUCCCGUGGAGCCACAGGAUGGCCUUUUCCCAGGCUAUGACAUCAGCGCGUCCGAGUCUACGCCAAGCGCUCAGGCCGGACCUUAUCCAUCUCGUACACCCUCAUCCCCAAGCACAUCAUUCAUCAGGAGUUUGUGUACACUUAUCGAAGAGGAGGAAGAAGAAUUGAUUUCCGUGGAGCCACAAGGUGGCCUUUUCUCGGGCUGUGACGUCAGCGCGUCUGUGCCAGGCGCUCAGGCUGGAUCCUAUCGUACGCCUUCAUCCCCGAGCACAUCAUUCAUCAGGCGAUUGUGCACACUUAUCGAGGAGGGAGAAGAAGAAUGA